GGGUAAAAAAGUGACAGCGUCAGUGCUAUUAAGAUUCCCUCCUUUUCACGUUCACGCUCAUUAGUCCUUUGCUUGCAAUGCGUGGACAAUGUCUGCUGCUGUGAGACUUACCAGAAGAAUGCUUACCCCAAGGAUAACGCUAGGAGCCUUUGCACUCUUCGUCCUAACGUCUCACUGUUCAACAGCUAACGAUGCCCAAUUCUCUCUCAGCAACAAAGCCACUGGGCAUUGUCUGAUGAAAAAAUUUAACCGUUGCCUUGACAUCCGUUGGACGACCGGUAAUCGGCUUUUCGCUCUCACGACCAAAAAGUGCCUGGGAGCACAGGGAAAAAGUGUGGGGAGCGAAGUGAGCCUCUACGACUGUGAUGACAAAACUGACCUCCAGAAGUGGGAAUGCAAGAACAACACACUGAUCGCCCUUAAAGGCAAAGAGCUCUACAUUGAAGUCAAAGCUGAUGAAUCAAUUGCUCUCUCCAAAACAAUUGGGCCAAAUAACCACUUCACAAUCCAGGGGUCAUCCAGCGGUGCUUGCACAAGAACAUACAGAGAACUUUAUACCAUUGAAGGAAAUGCGUUUGGCAAGAUCUGCAUGUUUCCCUUCAUGUACAAAGACCGGUGGUUUGCGGAUUGCACUACGUACGACUCCUCACAAAAGCGACUUUGGUGUGCAGUUGAAACAAAAUAUGAACAUGAACUGUGGGGAUACUGCCCGACUAUUUCCACAGACCACUGGCCGAAAAACCUCAUAUCAGGAUCAUAUUACCAGCUCAACACUCAGGCAGCACUAACAUGGCCGCAAGCUGAAGUCAGCUGCAAACAACAGGGUGCUGCCCUGGUCAGUGUCACAGAUCCCAACGAACAGGCUUUUAUCUCAGCACUCCUAGGAACUUUGAAAAAUAAACUCUGGAUUGGGGUGGUUCUGGACCCAGAGCAUGGCUGGCAGUGGUCCAAUGGGAAGCCUUUCCGCUACGUGAGAUGGAGUUCAGGAAACCCACUUCCUAAUCCAGGACACAACUGUGGAUUUCUUGACACUGUCGGUCAGCACUUGUGGGAGAGUUCAUCCUGUGGGAAGAGACUGGGCUAUAUCUGCUACAAAGACGGGGUCACAACCACUCCACCGCUAAUUGAGCAAGGAUUUUGUUCAAGCCCAUGGAUUCCCUACAAUGGUCACUGUUUCCACCUUCAGCGUUCUUUACAAACAUGGUCAAAUGCACAGAUAGAGUGCCGCAAAGAGAGAGGGGACCUGGUCAGCAUCCGCAAUUUGGAGGACCAUAGCUUUGUCAUCUCUCAACUAGGAUAUGCAUCCCACGAUGAGCUUUGGAUUGGACUGAAUGACAGGAAAACAGAGGGGCUGUUUGACUGGAGUGACCACUCUACAGUCAGCUUCACCAGCUGGGAGUAUGGAAGACCUGUGGUGGCUACUGAGGGAGAAGACUGUGUUCUCAUCAGGGGGGAGAAGGGGAACUGGGCAGAUCGUUCGUGUGAUGAGAAACACGGCUUUAUCUGUAUGAAGCAGAGUGAAACUGAUCAACCUGUUGAAGAAGUAGAUCUGGACAUAGGCUGCAAAGCGGGUUGGAAAAGACAUGGUUCCUACUGCUACUUUGUAGGAACUGCGACAAAGACUUUUGAUGAGGCUAAAGAUGACUGCAAGAGCUCAGACUCCUACUUAGCUGAUGUUGCAAAUGGGGUGGAUAAUGCCUUCCUUGUCAGCCUGGUGGGGUUGAGACCAGAGAAAUACUUCUGGCUUGGGCUCUCAAACCAGAAAAACAUUGAUGAGUUUGUGUGGACCAGCAAAGACUUAGUGACGUUUACACACUGGAACGCUGAAAUGCCAGGUUACCGACAGGGCUGCGUUGCUAUGACAACUGGGGUUUUUGCUGGACUCUGGGAUCUGCUACCCUGCACCAACCAGGAAAAAUACAUCUGCAAACACCUGGCAGAGGGGGCAGUUUUAACUGUUCCACCACCCACUCAAACUCCUCCUAAGUGUGCCGAAGGUUGGAUGCGUGUGGGCACAAGAAACGUCUGCUCUAAGUUUUUUACAGGGCCCCGUGAAUUUGAGAAGACAUGGUUUGAGGCAAGGGAUUUCUGUCGGGCCAUUGGAGGAGAUCUGCUCAGCAUCCACAGCAGUGGGGAGCAAAUACUGGGACGUUAUGGAAAAGCCUGGAUUGGGCUUCAUGUUCCUGAUUCAAGCAGUGGUUAUGUAUGGAGUGAUGGAUCUCCGUUAAACUUCCAGCACUGGCAGGAAGGAGAGCCAAACAACUUUAAUAAUGCAGAAUCAUGUACUGAAUUUAGAAUUUAUCACUGGGAUGAGUCUGGGUCUUGGAAUGAUGUGAACUGUGAGGCAUACAAUGACUGGCUGUGCCAGAUCCGCAUAGGACUGACUCCAAAACCCCCUCCAAAUGCUACUGUAGUGGAUUUCAACAAAACUUCAGAUGGUUGGCUUGUGUGGAAAGGGAGUCAGUAUUUCAUUAACAGAAUGUCAAUGCCCAUGGAAGAUGCUCGUCACUUCUGUCAGAAGAGACAUGGCGACUUGGUAUCUAUCACUGGGAAAGAUGAAAAUGUCUUCUUAUGGAAACAGAUAUCCAGAAGCUAUGGGCAAUAUUAUAUUGGUUUGUCUGUGGAUCUUGAUGGGUCAUUUUGGUGGAUGGAUGGUUCUUCACUGUCAGUGCAACAAUGGGAAGAAAAUCAACCUGAUUCUAAUGCCUUUGAUGAGAACUGCGUUACAAUGACUUAUUUUAUGGGUUUCUGGCGUACUUCCAAUUGCGGCCAAGAGUACCAGUCCAUUUGUAAACGAGGAGGCUUAGCACCUGCCAACACCACAGCUGCCCCCACAGUUCCUCCUAAAGGUGGCUGCCCACUUAAUUGGAUACAAUUUGGCACAAAGUGUUAUAGUAUUAACAGCCGGAGGAUCAGCUGGGAAGACGCAAGAAGACAGUGCAUAGGCAUUGGAGGAAAUUUGGUCUCUAUUCCUGAAAGACGUAUUCAAGCAUUUCUAACCGCUAAGAUGGCUGUAACAGCAACUGCAGAUCUAUGGAUAGGUUUGAAUAGUAUAAGACAAGAUGGAUUUUACUGGACGGAUGGAAAGCCAAGGCGAUACACGAACUGGGGAUAUUCUAAAAAUCAACGUCGUCCUGGAAGCUUUUAUCAAAGAUGGAAUGAGGAAGAGUGUGUUGUGAUGCAGAACAAUCCUUCCCUUGGCAGCGGGAAAUGGUUUAUCAGGUCUUGCAAUGACACCAAUGGAUUUGUCUGUCAUCGAAAUCUUGACCCAAAUAUCGCAUCCCAACCAGAACCAAGCGUUCCAAACUCCUACGAAGUUCUGGGAAACGACAGCAUCAAGGCUGUGACUCGAAAUCUGACCUGGGACGAUGCCAAGACAAAUUGUGAAGGUGAAAGAGCCCACCUGGUUAGCCUGCGAACUGAAUGGACACAGGCCUAUGUUGAACUGCUGGCUAUGAAUCUCAAAGCUCCUCUUUGGAUUGGACUGAACAAGCAGCAGACUGGGGGUUAUUUUAAGUAUAUUGAUGGCUGGCACAUUAACUUCGCCAACUGGGCUGAAGAUGAACCGAGCAGGAAUCGACCUUGUGUGUACAUGGACUUGGAUGGAAAAUGGAAGACUACCUUUUGCAAUCAAACCAUGAAUAGUGUUUGUAUGCAGUCUACAGAUGUGGCACCAACAGAUUCAACCAUAUUCCCAGGAACUUGCCCUGAAGAGAGUGAAGAAUACCACCAGAGAAUUUCCUGGAUGCCAUUUAAGGGUCACUGUUAUUUGUUUAUCACGGAGGAAGUUGAAUGGGCAAAUGCAGCUAGUAGUUGUGCAAGACAUGGCGGAAUCCUGGCUAGCAUUGAAGACCCCUCUGAGCAACAAUUCAUUAAAAGCAAUGUGGAAAUAUUUCAAGACAGCCAUUCUGCGUUCUGGAUCGGCCUGUAUAAAACUCAUAAAGGGAUAUGGAAGUGGUUGGAUAAAACAGUCUUGGACUACACCAACUGGGCUGCAGAUGAGCCGGAUUCUGACUUUGGAAAUGUCGCAACCUCAGAUGGGACUUGGCAAUCAGGUCGUAGAUGGCAUGAUCGACCAUACAUCUGUAAAACUCCUAAAGUGAUGACGGAUGAUCCAGACACAAAACCUAAACCACAUGGAGGUGAUGAUCCUCGCAAUCGUGUCCACACGAGCUUGAUAGUUGUGCUGGUCAUUGCCAUCACUUCUUCGCUGAUAGCCAUUGGAUUUUUCAUCUACAAGAAGGCCCCUCAUACCUUACCCACCUUUGACAAUCCACUGUACUUCAACAGUGAACGAUCUCAGCCCGAUGUGGUGGACACCAAUAAGCUGAUAGAGAAAGCAGAGGAAGAAACCCCUGAGCCUAUUAUAGCUCUGUGAUUUAUCCAGUAGCAUAAUCUAGUGGGACAUACACUGUACUGUAUAUCUCCGACUGAUGUAUUAAACAUUGAUGCUUCAUUUAUGUUUUUUGCAAAUUUUU